AUGCCAGACAAUCUAGCGUUAACACUGAACAUCACACAUUCUCCAGUUGAGGAUACACUAUCCAUCGAGGAGGAAUGCAUGAAGGACAGGCACUGGUAUGCCUUCCUCUGCUCCAGCAUCGUUGCCUUCCUCACCGGGUUGGCCAUCGUUUUGUUCGGCCGAGUUGUCUUUUGGUGUUUCUGCAAGGAUGCAGCUGCUGAGGGUAUCGAGAGUCCCGCCAAAAAUAAAAAAAGUAACGGCAACGAGCCGGACGUUCAAAUUGGAUGGGCCACUGAGGCCAAGGACUGGGCGGGAGAACUUAUUUCUGGACAGACGACAACUGGGAGAAUUCUGGUCGUAUUGGUCUUCCUGCUGAGUAUCGCCUCCCUCAUCAUCUACUUCAUCGAUUCCUCGUAA